UGACAUCCCCCACAAUCUUGGAAUGCCCAAAAUCUGCUUCACAUCGUCCAUUUCCAACUUUUGUCUGAGAAAUUAUUUACAAAAUCUCACUUUUGAUUUAAUUAAUUAAGUGAAAAUUGUUGCAGGCCUCCCUCUAUUCUGUGUUUCUCUUAAAUCUCAAAGCCCUUCGAAAUUUUGAAGGGGUUUCAAUAAAGAUCGAGUUUUUACAGAUAAGUUCUCCCUAUCACCAUAUUUGAUUUACUUCCUUCUUUCUUUUUUUUCUGCUCGAGGAAAGAAGCCUUAAAAGUUAAAACCUUGUUUCAAGCUUAUUAAAGAUUCAACCUUUAUCUUCAUUUCUAUACAAAUCUUGAAUUGCUUGUUCAUUAGCUUCUUGCUUUGUUCCAAUUCGUGGGAUUUUAUAGGAUUUAUCUCAGGUUUCUUGAUGCAUAUAUUUGGGGUUUCAUUUCAAUUUCUGCAUCUUAGUUGAUUUAGCUUUUCUUCCCCAUUGUAAAAGUGCUGGCUUUAUAGCUUCUUAUACUGAUCAAUUUGGAGCUAAUUAGUUGAUGUUAGGAAUAAAUUUGGUUGGAAUAGCUGUUUCAUUUCAAGAUUUUGGUAGUUUGGAAUUUGAUCUAGGAUUUUAGCAAUGGGGAAACAUGGGGGGAAGAAGAAAAAAUGUGGUGGGCAUAAAUCAGGUGAGUCAAAUAUUAGGCAGAGUAAGGGAAACGAGAGAGCUUACGAUAAGGACACAACGAUGUUCGUGUUGAUGUCUCAGGAAUUGAAGGAAGAUGGGAAUAGGUUGUUUCAGAAGAGGGAUUAUGAGGGUGCUAUGUUGAGCUAUGAGAAAGGGAUAGAGUUGCUUCCGAGGAAUCACGUAGAUGUCGCCUAUCUUAGGAGCAAUAUGGCCGCGUGCUAUAUGCAAUUGGGUAUUAGUGAGUAUCCGAGGGCGAUCCAUGAGUGCAAUCUGGCUCUUGAAGUUUCUCCGUUGUAUAGUAAGGCAUUGUUGAAGAGGGCUAGGUGCUAUGAGGCACUGAACAAGCUAAAUUUGGCGCGGAGAGAUGUUGGAACGGUGCUCAAGAUGGAGCCUAACAAUCUCAUGGCGAUUGAGAUCUCGGAGAGGGUUGAAAUGAGAAUUGAGAGACAAGAAGGGUCUAGAGAAAAUGAGAUUCGUGUGAAUUUUGAGUACAAUGUAGAGGAGAAUGUGAAGGAGAAGAAAGUCAAUGGCAAGGUGAAAAGCAUUGUCAAUGGAAACAUAGAUAAGAGCGCGGAGAAGAAGGUUGAUCGCAAUGUAAAGGAAAAUGCGAAGGAGGAGAAAGUCAAUGGCGUUGGAGGGGGGAGUAGGGAUGAACAAACAAGACACGAGAAGAAAACAAAAAGAAAAGUGAGAGAAAGGAAAGUUGAUGUUGAUGUUGUGUUGAGAAAGGUUGAUGAUCAAAUCGAGGAAAGGAAAACUGAAGACAAAUUGGUGGUGGAGGAAGAAAGGUUGACGAAUGGUGCAGAGGAAGAGCCUACAAGAACGGUUAAGUUAGUGUUCGGGGAAGACAUAAGAUGGGCUCGGAUUCCUCUCAACUGCGAUAUUUUGAAACUGAGGGAGAUCAUUGUUGAUCGUUUUCCCAGCUCGAAGGCUGUUCUCAUUAAAUAUAGGGAUCAAGAAGGCGAUAUGGUUACUAUCACUUCAACAGAAGAACUGAGGUUGGCUGAAGCCUCUACCGAGCAUGGCUCUGUGAAGCUGUAUAUAGUCAAAGUUAAUCCUGACCAAGAUCCGUUAUUUGAGAGGAUUAGGAAAGAUGGCAUGAAAAAUGUUACUGAAAUCCGGACUGAUUCGGCUUGUAUAAGUGAUUGGAUCAUACGGUUUGCUCAGUUAUUCAAGAACCAUGUCGGAUUUGAUUUUGAAGCUUAUCUUGAUCUCCACGAGGUCGGGAUGAAGCUCUAUUCAGAUGCCAUGGAAGAGACAGUUACGUGCGAAGAAGCUCAAGGCCUUUUCUCCACUGCUGCAGAGAAAUUCCAGGAAAUGGCAGCCUUAGCAUUGUUCAAUUGGGGUAAUGUCCACAUGUCAAGAGCAAGAAAGAGAGUAUAUUUGGCAGAAGAUGCUUCGAAAGAACCUGUGCUAGCACGAGUCAAGUCUUCUUACGAGUGGGCACGAGCGGAGUACGUGAAUGCAGGAAAAAGAUACGAAAAGGCCCUAAAAAUUAAACCAAAUUUCUAUGAAGCCAUUCUAGCUCUCGGGCAGCAAGAGUUUGAGCAGGCUAAACUCUCUUGGUAUUAUGCAAUCGGAACCAAUGCUGAUUUGGAGUCUUGGCCUUCAUCGGUAGUUCUUGAGCUUUACAACAGGGCCGAGGACAACAUGGAAAAGGGAAUGCAAAUGUGGGAGGAGGAACAGCGAGUCAUCGAACCAUCCUGGCCUAACAAAACCGAGAUUCAGUUGCAGAAUAUGAAACUCAGCAAUGUGUCAGCAGACGAAGCUGCAGAACAGGCUUCAAACACACGUGCACAGAUACACAUAUUAUGGGGCACAAUGUUGUAUGAAAGAUCUAUGAUGGAAUUCAAACUAGGACUUCCCGUUUGGAAUGAAUGCCUCGAGGUUGCUGUAGAAAAAUUCGAACUAGCUGGAGCAGCUCAGACUGAUAUUGCCGUUAUGAUAAAGAAUCAUUGUUCCAAUGGAACAUCGUCAGGAGGGGGAUUCAACAUUCACGAAAUAGUACAGGCAUGGAACGAAAUGUAUGAAGCAAAAAAGUGGCAGAGCAUCGUUCCCUCGUUCCGGUUAGAACCACUGCUCAGGCGGCGAGUUUCAAAAAUUUAUCACGCCUUUGAAAAUGCAUAGCUGCUCUUGCUGAUGCAUCUGAGAACUGGCACUCAUCGGAGCGUUUGGUUGGAAGAGAGAGCGCUUUUUGCAUAUUUGGUAAGUAAGUUUACUAGUACCUGAUCCUUACUAGAGAUUGACUUCAUCAUUGUGUGAUUCACGACUUUUUAUAGUUUAAGCCUUUCAUUGCGUGAUUUGGAACUUCAGAUUAGUUCCCGGAGUUCAUUUAAAAGUUUCUUCUUUGAAGUUGAAAGAGAUUUUUUAGUUCGUUAUACUUAA